AUGCAAGUACUAGCACUAUUGGGACUCUUUGCAUUUGCAACCUGCAAAGAUACAAAAGAAAAGAAGCGUCUGGUCCAUGUCUCUUGUCAUUAUGAAGAUCACCUUAACGUAAACUAUGUUGAUGAGUUCAAAAGACUCAAUUCUUCGAAUGAAGAUAAUAAGAUGAUCUCCAAAUGUACGUAUCUCAAUAAGAUAUAUACUAUGUGUAAGUCCGCAUAUAAGGAAGCUGGGGAGAGAAUAACUGGGGAAAGGUCUGAAUACAUUUUAUUAGUCCUCAACUUCCUCUACGACUACUGUAGCGCUAGGACAUACGAGCUGGGUGCUGUAACGGCCCUAGUGUUGCAUAACACGUCUUACCUAAGGGUUUUUGAGGGCAAUGAAUACAGUGAAUUCAAAGCUAGAGGAAUAUUCCAUGUAUAUGGUGAGGAGAAUUACAAAUUCCUGGGAAAGGUGUCCUUUUUCUAUCGUGACUACUACCAGAAUCCAGAAAGAGCGAGCCACCUCAACAUAUAUGUUUUGGUGGAUACCGCAUGCUUCUGGCUGCAUAGUUCAUGUCACAAGAAAACAGAAAUAGGUCUCAAUGAUGCUCUUGAAGUCUGCAAUCAUGUGCAAUGGAAAAUUCUCCGUGAGAAGUGGAAUUACUCUUCCUCAAGGGUCCGGAAAGCCGAAGAGGAGUAUGCAAUCCAGCAUGAACUUUACGAGAAGCUACGUACAAUAAUCUAUAUAAAUUACUAUAGGGAUUUAGAUGUCGAAUAA